AUGUUAGCCAAGUUUUAAACUAGUUUUAUUACUUUAUCGAAGCAUUAAACGAAGCUGUACCCUGCCCUCAACAACUCAGUCCUCUGUGCAAACCCUCCCUAAACCCUGCUGCCUUCAACAACAACAACGCUGACGAGGAAACGUCUCAUUUCCUAAGAAUCAAAAGCGAAAGUAAAGCAGACAGCAGACGAGCCAGGCCGGCCAACAUGGCUGACGCGUAUUCAUAUGCUCUGCUCGUCGAACUCGGAGAAAACAAAGUACCAAGACUUAAAACCAAGUUAGUGAAGUACUUCCAGAGUAAGAAGUCUAACGGGGGAGACUGUGAGGUGGACUAUGAACAUGGCAGCAAGACUGCGAUGCUGCGCUUCCGCCAAGAGGAGGACCAGCAAAAUGUCCUGGCGAAGGAGGGUCACCAGAUACGUCUGGACAAGGGCGUGUUGAAUAUGACAGUUCACCUACUUCCAGAUACAAUAACAGAGCAGGAAGCUCCUUCUGAUGAAGUCGCCAAGAAACGUUUUCGCCCCUGCCCCUCAAACAGCCUGAGCACGCCACUGUUCCAGUCCUUUAAGAUGGCAGCUACAACACCAUGCUUUGGGUCAUCUCAUCCAAGAAAGGCAGAUGUUGCUGAAAAGAAACAACCUGACACUGAAGAAGCCAAACCUGCACCCGAACUUCAGGCUGAGGUCAAAGGCAAAGAUGAUGAGACCCAAGAUGAAGAGCUCUGCUCCGGGCUGGCUAUUAUAGAAAAUAUACCAAAUGAAAUGAACCAGGAGUAUUUGGAGAUGCUGGUUGAAAACGUUUUCAGAGAUUAUGACUUUCCAUCCAACUCAGAAAGCUUCGUCAUACAAGUCAUUCCUAGCAUCUCCUCUGCCGUGGUGACUUUCCAGAGAGGAAAAGAAAACAGUUACUUUGUGACAAGUUGCCCUCAUAACAAAAACUUCAUAAAGAAGGGACUUACAGCUCGGCCUCUUGAAGUCACAAAGCAGGCCUUAGUGGACGACGUGAAAACUGUCAGUGAAGAGAUCCUCAAUAUGUACUUUGAGAAUGAAGGAGGGGAUGUUGAAAAUGUGGAGUUUAAAGAAGAGGAACAGUCUGCCAUCAUUACGUUCAAAGACCCAAAAGCUGCUCAGAAAAUCUUGAAGAAGAAGACGCAUCAUAUCAGUCGGAAAGAGAUCAAAGUUUAUCCUUUUUACAAGUCACUGGGAAUAGCCCUCUAUGGCACAGACACACCUUCAAUCAAACUCCCUGCUGCUAUCUCUGAACCCAUUGACGAGGCUCUCUGGAGAUACCUGAGUGACAAUCAGUCAGAAGUAGAGACUAUUCGAAAUCAGCUGAAGGACCACUUCUGCGAGCUCAGUCUCAACCAAUCCACUAUAAGCCUGAGCCCUGUCCCUUCUCUACUGCAAGAAAAGGAUGCCAAAGACGCCAUCAAAGAGUGGAGUGACACUGUAAAGUCAGCCAUUGUACAAGCUCUGUUACGAUUCAGAUCCCUGAGGCUUCAGCCUGAGCCAACGAAAUGGGUAGAGUCUGUGACGAAGAUCAAACAGACGCUACUGAACGAGGAUGUAGCUGUCGUUCCUGAUGAAGCCUGUGGUGUCUUAACAGUGGUUGGCCUCGUGGCUGACAUCAACAGACUAGAGCAAACUCUGAAUGAAGUCAUCAACACGAUCAUCAAAAGGGCGCAGAGAGAGACAUUAAGUGUAACCCAAAAGAUCAAAAUGGCCCCGUCCAUAUUCCACAUCCUGUUUCAAGAUGGUCUUCAGGACAAACUGCUUGGUGUGUACCCAGAACUGAAAAUGUCAUUCAAGAAAGAGACCGCAGAGUUAAUUGUAACUGGCUUCAAUGAUGAGAUUUUGACUGCAAGUAGAGUUAUAUGUGAAGCAACAGUUGCAUUAAAACGACAACAUUUAGACAUAGAUAAAUUUGUCCUUGACUUUUUGAAGCAUGAAGAACCUGAGAAACUUACAGAUGCUCUCCUCACAUCCAACGGGAUGAAUGCAGCAUUUGAGAUCGCCGCAACAAGGGUUCAGUUGUUAGCUGUUUCUGACAGAGAUCUAACUGAGGCUGAGGAUCAUCUGAGAAAGCUGCUAGUGUCUAAAUACAUCGAUGUUGAGGACAGGAAUGUCCUGACGAAGCAAGAGUGGAAGGACCUGGUCAGUAAAUCGGAGAAUACAAGGAACAAGCCGCUGAGAACAAUUCAAAUCUGUGCUGAUGGUCAAAAAGUUGUGGUGUCUGGCUACAAUGACAGAGUCGAACAAGUUAGCAGUGAACUUGAAAACUUCCUAACGCAGAAUGCAGAAGUUGAGGAAACUGUUAGUGUCAAGCCCAAUGAAAAAGUUGAGUACAUUCAAAAAGUUGGGACAUCUUGGCUGGGCAAAGUGGGCGACAGAGUGGUGCUCAGCUACAAAAAGGAGGCCAUCUGUGUGAGGGGUUGCAGAGUCCAUGUCACAGAAUGCAAGACCUUGCUUAAAAAAUAUGUGUCUUCCUUGGUCUUUGAACAUUUCAAAGUCUCCAAGCCUGGAAUGAAAACCUUCUUUCAGGAAAAAGAAGCUAUGUAUCUGCCCUCCAUCUGGAAUGAAACCGGCUGCCUUGCCCAACUAGCUGAUGAGACCAGUGAUGGACAGGAUGACCUCAGACAAUAUCCAAAGCCUGUGUGUCAGCUUCAGACACCUGAUGGAGUGCAGAUAACUGUUUGCAAGGCAGAUUUAUGCAGCUACCCAGUGGAUGCAGUAGUUAAUGCUUCUAACCAGAAUUUGACACUCAAUGGAGGUCUUGCGGGAGCACUUCUCGUGGCUGCUGGCCCUCAGUUGCAGCAUGAAUGUGACAAAGUGAUCAAAUUAAAAGGACAACUCAAACCAGGGGAUAGCGUCAUAACAGGAGCAGGUGGGCAGCUGUCCUGCAAAAAAAUAAUCCAUGCAGUGGGACCCGUGUAUGACUCAGCCAACCCCCCAAAGGUCCUGGCACAGUUGAAAAAAACUGUCAAAGCAAGCUUAGAGCUUGCAGAAAAGAACGGCUGCAUCUCUGUGGCUCUGCCUGCCAUCAGCAAAAACCAAGGCUUUCCUCUCAACACAUGUGCGGACACUAUCAUCAAAGCAGUGAAAGAAUACUGUGAUGAAAAAUGUGACAACAACACCCUGAAGAAAAUCCAUUUGGUCAACAGUGAUGACAGUGCGGUUGGAGCUAUGGAGUUAGCUGUCAAAAAGGAGUUUGGAAGCAGUGGUGUCAUUCAGUCUCCAAAAACUCCCAUUAUCAAACCACCUGUGCCACUGAAACCUUCUGGAGCGGACCCAUAUUGCUUUGGCAAAGUGCAGACCAAAGAGGGAUUGCACAUCACACUUAUGAAAGGAAAUAUUGAGAAUGCCACGACGGAGGUGGUUGUGAAUACUGUGUCCACAGACCUUGAUCUAAGAAGGGGUGCAGUUUCAAAUGCAAUCUUCAGAAUGGCUGGGCAAAAUCUUCAGCAGCUGGUACAGGCAAAAAAUAAGACUGCAGAUGUCGGUGAGGUCAUUGUUACAGCAGGCUGCAACCUGAAGAGUAAACUCGUCUUUCAUGCUGUUGCACCACAUUGGGACAAAGGCAAAGGCACAUGUGACAAGACCUUGAAGGACAUUUUCAGUGACUGCUUGGGCAUAGCAGAGGACAGCGGUCUUACCUCCAUAUCCCUUCCUGCUAUCGGCUCUGGGAACCUUGGCUUCCCAAAAGACCUCGUAGCGUCACUGUUGUUGAAAGAAAUCAUAGAGUUCAGCAGUAAGAUAAAACCUAAGCACCUGAAGAAGGUCGUGAUCAUCCUUUACCCAGCAGACACAAACACUAUCCAGGCUUUUACCGGUGAAUUCAAGAAGCAGUUCCCAGGUGCUUCAGGUGGUGCAGCCUCAGGUGGUGCAGCCUCAGCAGCCUCAGGUAGUGCAGCCUCAGGUGGUGCAGCCUCAGCAGCCUCAGGUAGUGCAGCCUCAGCAGCCUCAGGUGGUGCAGUCCCUGUUGCUGCAGUGCCAACAAGUUCCACACAAAGUUCAGGUCCCUUCUCCAAAGUUGUCUCAGGUUCAGGAAUACAUGAGACCAAAAUGGGGAGUGUGGUUGUGCAGGUGGUAACAGGAGACAUAACAAAGGAGACCAGUGAUAUUAUUGUCAACUCCAGCAACGACCAUUUCUCCCUGAAAACAGGAGUAUCAAAGGCUAUCCUGGAAGCAGCUGGGCAGGCUGUUGAAACAGAAUGCAACACUCUUGGUGCCCAGCCCAACACAGGCAUGAUAAUGACUCAGCCUGGCAACAUCAAGUGCAAGAAGAUCCUCCAUUUAGUCGGGAAGACUGACCCAGUUCAAAUCAACGCGGUUGUGAAAAAUGCACUUCUACUGAGUGCAAAAACCUUGUACACUUCUGUCUCAAUUCCUGCAAUUGGCACAGGUCAAGGCAAUGUAAAUGCAAAGCAGGUUGCAGAUGCCAUGUUGGACGCAGUGAUUGAUGUGUUGAGACCUAACACUCCCACCACUUUGAAGACAAUCAGAAUAGUUAUCUUUCAGCCGCACAUGUUAACAGACUUCUUCAGCAGUAUGCAAGAAAGAGAAGCAAAAGCAGCUGCACCUGAACCCCCUAAAGACAAAGGAUGGUCCUGGGCAGAGAUCGGCUCCAAAUUCAAGACAUUCUUUAGUGGUGAAAAGCCACAGAAAGGGGAUUUUGUUAUUGAGCCUCUGGCAGUGGUUCCCCUAUGCUUCAACAUCUGCAGUGAAUCACAGGCUCGUGUAGACUCAGCCAAGAAGUGGAUCAGCGACCUGAUCUCCAAAGAGUACACCAACGACACCUUUUCAGACAGCGCCAUCCUUAACUUCUCUGACGAAGACCAUCAACAGCUUGUUCACAUCCAGAAGACUGUUAGGGUGAGCAUAAGGAUUGAAAGCAAGAAUGGCCAGGCCUCCAUCAUCAUCGAGGGGCCCAGCAAGAACGUGCUCAAAGCCAGCAACAUGAUCAAUAAGAUGGUGAGGAACACCAGAGACGAGGAAGACAUGAAGAACAAAGUGACAAUGGCCGAAUCAGUGGCAGAAUGGCAGUACCAGCAGCCAGGGCUUCAGUUUCAGAGUUUUGAUCCAAAGAACAACUUCAAGCUGGAGGAGGCGUUGACCAGGAAGCUACAAAGUGUAAAAGUGACUGUGCAGGGUCAAGAAUACACCGUCAAAAUGCCAAGUGGACCUGGAACUAAUAGUCAAGGAUGCACCGUAGAGAUAAAGCGGAUUGACAAACUAAAAGAUGAAGACUUCCCUGAUUUCUGGGACCCCAUUCCAGCCAACCAAACAUGCCUGGCUGUCACCAUCCAGCCGGGGACCACGGAGCACACUAAAAUCCUCAAUAUGUUCCAAGCAUCAUGCAAGCUUAAUGUUAUUCAGAUCCAGAGGAUCCAAAACAUUGUGCUGUGGAAGGGCCUGCAGAUAAAGAAGCUUGACAUGGAGCGGAGGAAUGGCCAUCAGAACAACGAGAAACAACUUUUCCACGGCACCAGCGAAGACACUGUGGGCCACAUCAAUGAGUUCGGCUUUAACCGGAGUUUCGCAGGAAAGAACGCGGCCUGUUAUGGGAAUGGCACAUACUUUGCAGUGAAUGCCAGUUACUCUGCCAGCAACACUUACUCCAAGCCAAACCAGAACCAGGAGAAGUUAAUGUACCUCUGCCGAGUGCUCACUGGCGAUUUCGCCCUUGGCCAGCAAAACAUGAUCCAACCUCCGUCGAAGGGUUCUGCUUCUGUUCAGAAGUAUGACAGUGUUGUGGACAACAUGGGAAAGCCCAACAUGUAUGUCGUCUUCCAUGACAGCCAUGCCUAUCCUGAAUAUCUAAUUAAAUUCAAGUAACAUAUCUGUGCUCUGAGAUUACAAACACGAAAAGCCUUGUAUUUGACACUGCCUCACAACAUUAUAUCAAUCUUUGCUUUUGAUUUCACUGCUUCUACCUAAGAUGUUUGUUUUUUAGCUUGAAACAAGUUUCCUUGUAUAUUAACAGUUAUUUAUAGAUUACAAACAGCACAUAAUGAUCAGAGGUGUCUAAUGCGGGUGCAAACCAUCCAGUGCCUUGGAAAGAUUUUUGUGAACAUACUAAAGAAUAAUCAUGCCAGAGACCUUUUCAAACACUGUGGUGCACUGUACAUGGUACUCAGAGUUUACAGGUCCUGGGAGGCUUCUGGAAAGGAACUACUCUUCUAGGAAGUCAUGUGAUGCAUGUGCUUAUUAGGCUAACAGUCACUCUGGUUUAGAAACGAAAUUGAAAGUUAAAUGCAGGUCCAGUGAAGAGGCCUGUACAAAUACAAGUUGUGUGUCGAAUCUGUUUCUGUAUUUUUCAUUCAGAGUAUUACCCGAUCUUAAAGUUCAGUUGAGUGAGUAGUUUUCACAUGAAGAUGUAAAGUCUGAACAGAAACCUGUUUAUUAUGUGGCAAUAUAUUCAAACUAAUAAACUGUGUCUGUAACACACUCGUUCAAUCACACAUUUAUUCAAAAGACAACGUGGAAAGUAAGUAGUCGACACUAACACGGUCAUAUCACUAAAAAGAUCUUCAAAAUGUUCAGCUUGUCUCCUACUAUAAGGUAUACAUCGUAUGUUAUGAGAUUUCUCUUAUCAUGCAACGUUAAGAUGGUGGACAUUUACUAGAAACACACCCACUUCAAAGGGAGCUGAUUUCUAAGGUGUAGGCCCAACCUCAAUGUCCACCCUCACACACUCAUUGACUGAGGCGCGUUCCCGCUAAGUCCCUGAGGGCUUAGUAAGGGCUGUCCCACUGUCAAAUCUUCAAGUGUGUGAGGGAUCUCUCACUGAUUUUUUGAGCCCUUUAUGCCCCCUUUCAGUUAGUGGGCAUUAUUGCAGACUUAGUGUAAGGGAAUUACCCAUAGUUCAUAGCAUCACCCUUCUAUGCUCGCUGUCAUUAUCCUCCACGUGUAGUAUAAUUUAUAUAUUUAUAGCCUAUUUAUAUUUUAAAUUGUGUGGUUAAGCAGUCUGUGCGGUCAGAGCCUGGAUCACAUGAGAAUCAGGCAGUCAGUCCUUUAAGUGCCUUGAAUUUGAGAAAAGUAAAAAAUGUGCAAUUAAAAUAACUAAUAUUCCUGAGGUGAGCUGGUGACGUCUUGCGGGUCACGUGAGAAGUUGCAAAGUGCUGAGCCCUUACAGCCUGCUGCCCUCAAUCACUUUACAACUGACUUCAGUCAAGUCAAACAGGGCUCAGGGUUUAGGGUUUAGGGCUUAGGGAGGACAUUGAGAUUGGGCCGUACUCUCAGAUUGUUGCAGUUGAUGAUGAAUUCACUUCUAUCAAAACUAAAUGUGAAAAUGAAUGAAAUGUGAACUUGACAGGAUUGGUGGACAGGUGCAUUAAAAACAUUUACUCCUUCA